GGUUAAAUCGAUUCCUUUAGAUCCCGUUACUUAUAAAGUUGAUAUAAAAGCCAUGAAAAGAGCGAUUAGUAGGAACACAAUUAUGUUAGCGGGAUCAGCUCCUAAUUAUCCGUAUGGUACAAUAGAUGAUUUAGCUGCAAUUUCUGAGUUGGGUUUAAAAUACAACAUCCCCGUUCAUGUCGAUAGUUGUUUAGGGGGAUUUUUAACCAUGUUUAUGCCAGAUGCUGGGUGUCCCGUUCCAAUUUGUGAUUUUCGACUUGAAGGGGUUACCAGUAUUUCUGCUGAUACUCAUAAAUAUGGAUACGCACCGAAAGGAACUAGCGUUGUGCUUUAUCGAGACAUCAAAUAUAUUCAUCAUCAAUAUACGGUAACAACAGAUUGGCCUGGAGGUGUUUAUGGGUCCCCAACGAUGUGUGGGUCAAGAGCAGGGGGAAACAUCGCGGUUUGUUGGGCUACAAUGUUAAAAAUGGGGAUGGAAGGUUAUGUUACGGCUACAAGGAAUGUUAUACAUACAGCGAGAUACAUUGAGAAACGAUUAAGAGAAAUGAAAGGAAUUUUUAUAUUUGGUCAACCAGGAACGAGUGUUGUGGCAAUCGGCUCAAACGAUUUCCAUAUUUAUCGAUUAGCAAACGCCUUAACGAAACUUGGGUGGAAUUUGAACACUUUGCAAUAUCCAUCUGGAAUUCACAUUUGCGUAACCCAAGUUCAUACUCAACCAGGAGUCGCCGAUUCGUUUAUAAACGACGUUCAAAACAGUUUAAACGAAAUAUUAAAGGACCCUACAUUACCACCAGAAGGAAAAUUAGCCAUGUACGGGGUGGCUCAAAAACUUCCUGACAGAGCCAUAGUUGGGGAUUUUAUUAGAUGUUUCGUUGAUUCGUUGUAUUACAUUCCAACAAAAAAACAAUAAAGUACAAAAUUGUAAUAUUAUAUGUACAAAAUCUAAAUAAAAUUAUAAUUUGUUAUUAA